ACUCUGAUGCUGCUGCGGGCGGGUGUCUGUCUACUCCUUCUGUGCCACUACGGCUCGCCUCUCUCCAGGCCAAGUCUUAGGAUGCCUGUCAGUGAAGAACAAAACAAACCCUUAAACAGAGAUGGGAGCCAGAUCAGACGGACACUGUGAAUGCUGCUGAGAUAAGCAUCCUACCAGGACAUUGGAUAAAACUAAACAAACAUAUUUAAGAUGGCCGUGCUGAAAGUGAAAUUCACCAAGACCAACAGGGACAAGCUUGCCCAGGUGCUGUGGAUCCUCAACUGGGUUUCCGUGGUGACGGGGUUGAUUCUGUUUAGCCUGGGGCUCUUCCUAAAGGUGGAGAUCAACAAGCGCUGGGAGCUUAUGGCAGAAAGGGACCUCCACUACGUCCCCAACAUGCUCAUUGCCACAGGCCUCAUCGCCUGUGGCAUAAAUUUCCUGGGCGGGAAGAUCUGCUACGACUGUGCGGACACCACUAAGUUCCUGCGCUGGAAGCUGCUGAUGCUGCCCUACGUCAUCUGCACCUUCUUCUUCACCUUCUGCAUCCUGGUGGGGGCACUCAUGUGCUACGGCAUGCGCGGGGAGCUAGAGGAGGCUCUGGACCUGGGUCUGCGGGACGCCAUGCGCUAUUAUAAGGACACGGACACACCAGGCCGCUGCUUCCUGAAGCGCACUGUGGACCUGCUGCAGAUUCAGUUCCAGUGCUGCGGCAACUUCGGCUUCAGAGACUGGUUCCAGAUCCAGUGGAUCAGCAACCGCUACCUGGACAUGUCCUGCAGGGAGGUUGUGGCCCGGCUGAGGAGCAACGUGGAAGGGAAAUACCUGAUGGACGGGGUUCCCUUCAGCUGCUGUAACAUUAACUCACCACGGCCCUGCAUCCAGCACCAGAUCACCAACAGCUCAGCCCACUUCAACUAUGAAUACCAGACAGAGGAGCUCAACUUGUGGAAGAAGGGCUGCCGCCAGGCCCUGCUGGAGUACUACACACACAUCAUGCAGUCCAUUGGCCUCACCGUCCUCAUCAUCUGGCUGUUUGAGCUGUCGGUGCUGACGGGGGUGCGUUACCUCCAGACAUCCCUGGAGAACGUGCUGAGACAGGGGGACCCAGACUCAGAGUCCGACGGCUGGCUCCUGGAGAACAGCUUUGUGGAGACAGCCAGAUCCAACUUCAAUAUCAUAAAGAGCUUGGGGAAGUGCAACCAGAUUGACACAGCCAACAACGGCGACCCCAACAUCGAUGUCCCCUCCACAGCCUACUAUGGACCAGACAACCUGCCCCCAAAACAGAUUCCUGUGGCCAGUUGACACCUGCUCAGACACCUUAUAUAGCCCACUCCACAGAGCCCUCAAAAGGUGAGGGACCAGGCAAUACACAUCAAAAGUUUGUCUAAAGAACAGGAACUGCCUCGGGCAAUAAAAGCUUGCCUGAAAGAAACAUGGAAUUGAGGCAGAAUAGGACAACGUGGCAAACCGAGCAAUGGUUGUAAAAGGGAGGACUGCCAUUACAGGGGGAUUGGGUGAGGUGAUAUGACAGUAUGCAAAUGUUUUUGCAAAAUUGAGACAACCCAUAGCAGAUUGGUACAGAACACGAUUAUAAUAGAUAACAUGGAAAUGGAUAGCAGAGAUUGUUUAGCAAGAGCAUAUGAAACAGAAUCAAUGCGUCUUCGAUUCUAUGCCAUCAUCACCUUGUUACCUUUUCAUAUACCCAUAAUCAAAUUCAUUUAAAAAGGAGUGAAAGCCAAACUGUGUUAUUCCGCCUUCAACUUGUGAACCCUUCAUUGACAAUCGCCUACAGAAAUACCUUUAGGUCAAACAUUUAAUUAUUUCAAGAGAGCCAGAGACUUGUUAACUGAAAUAGCACAGACAUAAAAUAAAACAAAACAAACAGUCAGUCACUUCAAGUUCCUAACUACAUUUAAAUGUGCCUCAGCCUGAAUGUAAUGAUAAGGACAUUGGUCGAAAUGAAAAUAUGCAGACCUUUUCCCACUAAUUGGGACAAGCGUGUAGAAAAAUAUGGCAAUUAAAUGUGUGCCGAGUCUUGAUAAAAUACCCAGUUAGGCUUUUACAAAUAUUCACUCUAGUUUUCUACAGCUAUAGACCAAUGCAACUCAGCAUGUCUUACUCAUUAUAACCAAGCCUUCAAGAAAUGUUACAAAUAUGUCAACAGGGGAAGGAUGCAUGUGAGUUAGAGGGGUUUGUGGGAUAGACAUUGCCUACAGAUGGAAAUCCUAAAAGGGAAAGAGUAAAUAAGCUUAUAAAUACAAAAUCAUUUUGGAACAUAUACAGUUACCAAGAUUUUGCUGAUAGUUGCUAGUUGGUUUUGUUCAGUACAAGAUAAACAAUGACUGGUAAGACACAUUCUGUAGGAGAAAUGUGAAGACCAAGCACACAAGUGUUGGCACACAUUUUCCUACUGUACUCAAAAAAUGAAACACCAUGUCUUUAUUUUCUUUCCAUGACAUGUGAUGAACCUGUGCAGCAAGUCUGUAUGCAUAGUAGUGACAACCAAGAUUGAGAUUUCUAAGCAAUAGCAGAAUUGAGCUAAGGACCCCCACUGCCUCUGAUUACCCCUAAUCUGUGUCUGAAUGGGAUUUCACAUUUACCACUCACCUCCAAUCAAUCAGCGGACACACACAGUCUAUUACGGGCACAGAGCCAGAGCCACACCAGACUACUUAAGGCUCAGUUUCAACUACUGAGCACGACAGAUACGACACUACCAAUCAACACAAUAUGCGAUCUUGGAUGAGGUAUGAAAGAGGCUGCCUUAUUUCAGUCUUUAAGCAGAACUAUAUAGGUUCUGUGCCUGGUCCCUCACUGUGGAAUGAAACAGUGAGAGGGAAGUCAUAUUAGCAAGUCUGAUUUAUUAGACAGCACAGGUGCUGAGCAACAAUCAACAGUAUUAUAGCUGCUGCAUAAAUACUUACAACAGUCAAGCGCUGCCAGGAAGAGUAGUUAUUAGAGCUUAGUAGUAAAGUGGGUAUUAUACAUGUAGGUAAUUCUUGCAGGAAACAGUUAAGGGCACUGCAUAAUAGGAAAAUGGGAGUUGAUAUCAUUGUGCAAGUCAAUGACCUGACAUAUGACGUGAUGGUGUUGAUAAGAUAUAAUUACUUUCAAGUUAUAUAUAUUUUUUGUGAUCGACUCUCCUUUCAGACACUGAAGAGUAAGCAUAAACUGAUGAACAAUCACAGCAUUUCUGGUCUUAUUCCCAGUCAGACACAGAGGGCACAAUAACUCAUCAUCUAGACAAUAGCGUCUUUAUUCAGACAGCCUUGUUAUCAUACAAUGUCAAGCAACGCAAAUUAGGAAAAAUAAAACCAUACAAUAUAUGCACAAAAUGUAAUUUUCCUGAAAAGUUUGAUGUACAAAUAAACUGUAUUAUUAUAGCGAUGAGUCUUUUUCAUGUACCCUCCCAUAAAAUGUACAUCCUUGUCUUAAACACACUAAUGUAGUAGUAGUGAUGUCCUCUUAUUUACUUGUUAGAUUAGUUAUGUGUAAAGAAAGCAUCUAAUGACUGUAUUAGGUUGGCAAAAUAGGGAAUUUCAGCCAAAAUAAAAGUAUUAUGCACACCAAGGGCAAAUGUUCAAAAGUACUCAGAUUACAAGCACCACAGUAAAAAAGUGAAAUUUCUCAUGAUAUACUUUUGCAUUUGACCAGUACAGACAUUUCUUGUAUAUCUAUACAUACAUUAUCUUUUCAUAUAAUUGAACCAGGAUGAUGGUGACUAACAUGAAGAGGGAGUAUGAGGUCUCUGUCACACACAAGAAUACGAACUGGACAUCCUUUAACACCUCAGGUCCUAUCAAGGUCCAAUGCAGACAUUAUCUCAUUAUAUAAUCAUUUUGUGUAACAAUGAAUUACCUUUCUGUGAUUGUUUCCAAUUGAAAUGGUCAAAAAGAAACAAAAAUAGCUUAUUUGCAAAGAGCAGUUUCUCAAGCAA